GUCAUUUAUUGUCAGAUUUUUUGUUGCUGUGUGGUUGGGUCGGUAUUUUCAGACAAAAAUUAGAUAACGUAGACCAAUUGAAUUUCUAUUUGUUUACCAGUUUAUUAUUUUUAAAGACAAUUCGCGUUGACUGACCAGAGUCCGCGAAUUUCAUUUAAGCCUACAAUAUUAGCAGUAUUAAUACUACUUGCAAAAAUGUCGCAAACCCUAACGUUCGGUGAUUCAUGCGCCCCGAUAACUUGCCAUGCGUGGAAUAAGGACAGAAAUCAAAUUGCUUUCUCACCUAACAACAAUGAAGUCCAUAUUUAUCAGAAGGACGGAAGCGAGUGGAAACAAACUGACAAUCUUGUUGAACACGACAUGAGAGUGAUGGGUAUAGAUUGGGCUCCCAACACGAAUCGAAUCGUCACUUGUUCUGUUGACCGUAAUGCCUAUGUUUGGACUCAAGGAGAUGACGGAAAGUGGACAACUACUCUCGUUUUGUUGCGCAUUAACCGAGCCGCUACUUGUGUAAAAUGGUCACCCAAUGAAAACAAGUUUGCGGUUGGUUCAGGAGCCCGUCUUAUCUCAAUUUGUUACUUUGAGAAGGAAAAUAAUUGGUGGGUGUCUAAGCACAUUAAGAAACCUAUUAGGUCCACUGUGACCACUGUAGACUGGCACCCUAAUAAUAUUCUUCUUGUGGCUGGAUCUACUGAUUUUAAGGUCAGGGUGUUCUCUGCCUAUAUUAAAGACAUUGAGGACCAACCUGGACCUAAUGUUUGGGGAUCAAAACUUCCUUUGGGGCAGUUGUUAGCGGAGUUCCCUUCAACUGGAAGUGGUUGGGUACAUAGCGUAUCAUUUUCUGCUGAUGGUAAUAAAGUAGCCUGGGUUGGACAUGAUAGCUCAAUUAAUAUUGCUGAUGCCACUCAAGGCAAAGCUGUAAUUAAACUAAAGACUGAAUAUUUGCCAUUCUUGGGGUGCAUUUGGGUAUCCAACAAUUCUCUCAUUGUAGCAGGACACAGUUGCAUUCCAUUACUUUACUGCCACGAGGGUGAUAAUAUUAAGUUUGUUGCCAAAUUAGACAAUACUCAGAGGAAAGAGUCUGGAGGCUUGUCGGCUAUGAAGAAGUUCCAGUCGUUAGAUCGUCAAGCUCGUAUUGAGACAAGUGACACAUACUUGGAUUCCAUCCACCAGAAUGCUAUAACAUGUAUCAAUCUUUAUAAAGGAACAAAAGCUGAUGUCAUCAAAUUCAGUACUUCAGGUCUCGAUGGUCAACUAGUCAUUUGGGACACCAAGAACGUUUAAUCAUUUGAGGAGAAUCAAGGAUUAACUAAGUAAAACAUAUAUGCUAAAUGAAUCAUUUUAUUUAUUUUAUAAGUGAUAACAUAAUCAGUUUGUUUUUGAAUUCUGAAAUCAUUCAAUUAGAUAACAAAAAGACGCGGAAAGCUGUGAAAAAACAUCACAAUCACAGUUUGAUCAGUCUAGCGAGAAAGAAAUAAGAAGCGAUCAGCGGUGAGUGAAUUCAGCUCCCCAUAUUGUAAAAACUUCAAAUAUACAGAAUAAACUAUAAUAGUUACAACAUCUAGGAUUUUUUUAUUAUACAAUUUAAAUUUUAACUUUUAUAAUCAAAUAAUUUAUAUAAAUUAGACAAUAAGACUUACUACACACUAUGUAUAAUAGAUCACUUUUAAUACUACUGAAGUACUGAUGCUGUCAACAUUAAAAAUUUACGAAAUUAA